CGGAGCGUUCACCCCACAGGAAGAGGAAACAGCAAAACCCGCAGCAGCUCAAGAGCCGCGACGCCAAAAAAGCUCCGCCCGCGGCCCGGCCUCCGGACCGGAAGUGAGGCGUUGGCUCCGCCCCCGAGCUCGAUAGCUCGCGAGACUUUGCAGAGCCCUUCCUUUUUCGUCUCGGUCGCUGACAUGCCAUCCAGACUAAGGAAGACCCGGAAACUUAGGGGCCACGUGAGCCACGGCCACGGCCGCAUCGGCAAACACCGGAAGCACCCGGGAGGCCGCGGUAAUGCUGGUGGCAUGCAUCACCACAGGAUCAACUUCGACAAAUAUCACCCAGGAUACUUUGGGAAAGUUGGUAUGAGGCAUUACCAUUUAAAGAGGAACCAGAGCUUCUGCCCAACUGUCAACCUUGAUAAAUUGUGGACCUUGGUCAGUGAGCAGACACGAGUAAAUGCUGCCAAGAACAAGACUGGAGCUGCUCCUAUCAUUGAUGUGGUGCGAUCGGGUUACUACAAAGUUCUGGGGAAGGGAAAGCUCCCAAAGCAGCCUGUCAUCGUGAAGGCCAAAUUCUUCAGCAGAAGAGCUGAGGAGAAGAUUAAGGGUGUCGGUGGGGCUUGUGUCCUGGUAGCUUGAAGCCACCUGGUGGGAGAUUGAUUAAAUGAUAACAAGUGCUUUUC